AUGGGUAAUGUUCCAGGUAAGUUAGAUGAACAGGGUAUAAAUACUAUCAACGCAAAUGUACCUAAUGCAAAUACAUCAUCUAAUAGCACACAUACCAAUAGUACUAGCACCAACUCUGGCAGCAGUCAUGUUAGAAAUACACGAUCAUCCACCAUUUCUUCAUUUACCGGGAAUUCAACUAGAAGUUCAAGACAAAGAAGGGCCACUUCAUUAGUUGGCUCUUUUAUUAACGGUGCAACUGGAAGAUCAAGAAGUGAUACCGCAGCAAUCAACAAAAAUAGUACCAAAAAGAAAAAUCCAAAAGAAAGAGAUUUAUUGAAAGAGGAACAUGAUAAAAAAUUAGUGGUUAAAUAUUAUGAAAAUGUUGAUGGCGGAUAUUUAGCGCCUUAUGGCUGUCACCAUCGCGAGAAACUAGAUUAUGAUGCAGAUGUUGUUCGUAAGUUAAUUAUAGACAGGAAACUAGCUCCAUUUUAUAUUCCAUUGGAAGAUUUUGAUACAAAUUGGACAGACCAAGAGAUCAUUAAGAUAUUUGAUAGUUUAACACUACACCAAGCAUACAUUCAAGAUCCAGAAGAAUUCGAUGAUAUACCUCUCGGAAACGAUAUUGAAGAUUAUGAUGAAAUUAUUUCUUUGGUUUCUAUGGAUCAAUCAUUGUCUAAAAGGGAUCAGAAGAAACUAAAAUCAAUGAUUUUUAAGGCAAGGUUAUACAGAAGAAGAAUAAAUUGGCAGGAAAUGGAAAAUGAGAUUUAUUUUAAUGGGAAAUUGGAAGCAAAAAAUAAGAAUUUACCCAGCGAUGAUUUAAAAUUGGCCUUGUACAAGUAUAAUGGUAUGGAAUGUCCAAUUUGCUUUUUAUAUUUUCCAGGACCAAUGAAUAUCAGCAGAUGCUGUUUGCAACCUAUUUGUACGGAAUGCUUUGUCCAGAUUAAAAGACAUGAUCCUCACUUUAGCCAUGAUGAACAGAAUUCAGAACAACAGGAGGAUGAUCCACAUCUGUUAAUAUCGGAGCCUGCCCGUUGUCCAUACUGUGCUACCCCUAAUUUUGGCAUAACCUAUACACCACCCAUAGAUCGUUGUACAGGUAUUCAUGGAUAUGCACCAAAGUCAUAUGUUUCUAAAGGAAAUCAACAGGGCAAGACGGCUACAGAGACCGAUGCGGAGCAUCCUACUGUGACAAGCGAUGAGGAUGAUAACACUAGUCCUUCUGCCAAUGUGGAGCCACCUUCUAGGCGGAUAUCUGUUUCAGCCAAUGAUCCAUCUGUAGUCACAUCUGACAUGAUUAGACCUGAUUGGGAGUCUCGUUUAAAUAAGGCCAGAUUAAGAUUAGCCAGGAAAUCAGCGAAUGCCACUGCCAUCCACAUGAGCAACAGGUUGGUUGAAAGAAGAAAUAUAAAUAAUGAUAAUGCCAAAGACUUGGAAGAAGAGAUGAUCAAGCAUGCUAUUAGGUUAAGUCUAUCAGACGGGAAUUGA